UUUGGCUCAGCUGCAGCCGACUGCAGAAGUUCCCAACGCCAUUCUUUUUUGGUGCUGCGGCAGGUAGCAGCUGCCGGCUCUUUCACUCGUGGGGUGGGUGCCGCGCUGUUCAUGCGGAUUUGCUGGCUUUUGCUGGCGCAAGCCGCAGCUGCAUGUACACAGACGGGCCAAUUCGAUGAAGCCGCCUUCACGGCUUCCUUGUACGCUGGCUCCUUUGGUGGUGUUUUGCUCGGGCUUUUGCUUUGCAUCUUGGCCUCCUUGCCACUCUGUUGUGGUGUCUUGAAGGAGCACAGCAAGGUGAUCUCCACCAUCACAAUCAGCUUAGGCAUUUUAACUUUGGUGGUGCCUCUGUUAGGGUCCUUAAGCGCUUGUGGGCCAUUUGUCCAGACGGUCUGCAGCGAUCGAUGUAGUGGCUAUGAGUGCACCUCACAAGAGGAGGAAGAGCUCUCCCAAGUGUGCCAUGCUUUGGGCUUCAUUGUUGUGUACAUUGGUGCUUUUGGCUGGGCCGCAUGUGUCGUGGGCAUUGUAGCAGCCAGCUUGGGGUGCUGCGUUUGCUGUCAAUGCUGCAGGCCGAUGCACCAGCCGGUCUCUCCACAAGUGGUGCCGGAACGGCCAGAGGUGGAGAACGAUCUGGAUCCCAAAUUUAGUGGGCCUGCGGUGCCUGUCAUGGUUGUGGGCACUCCUAGCCCCAAACAGGCAAUGUGAUUGUUGCCUCAGAGUUUAGGUGUCCUUCCAAUCCCCACUCGCUGGACUUCGCUGGAAUCGCACAGUGCGAUCCGGGUGUGGGAACCCUGAAGCAGGCAUGAUUCCUACAGCUUUGAUGACUGGCAUGCUAU